GGCCGCCGCCGCCUGGGAAUGGCGCGGAACUUGUAUGGUCCCGGGGUCCGGAUGGGCAACUGGAACGAGGACAUCUACCUGGAGGAGGAGCUCAUGAAAGACUUCUUAGAGAAGCGGGAUAAGGGACAGCUUCUCAUACAGAGGAACAGAAGACUAAAGAAUCACCUUCUGCGACCGAUGCAGCUCUCGGUCACGGAGGACGGCUGCGUGCACUUCGGGGACAGCGUGAUGCUGGUGAGCCCGGACCACCCCGAGCCCCAGGCCGACCUGUUUCUGCCCGGAGACCUGAGCCUGUGCCUGACCCCGGAUGAGAUCAGAGCCCACCUGAGCGACCGGUUCGAGCUGCCCUGCGGCCUCAGCGCGGCGCCCACCCGGAUCCCCGUCGGCAGGAACACCUUCACCGUGUUGAGGGCGGACAGAGAGGCCACCGGCCAGGUCCUGAGAUUCGGGCAGAACUUCCGCCUCGGGAUCACCCUGGGAUGUGACGACCAGAUGCUGUACUUGUCCAGCGACCACAGGACCCUCCUGCGGUCGUCCAAGGUGUCCUGGCUCCAGGAGGUGUACCUGACCGACGAGGCCUCCUACCUGAACUGCUGGCAGGCCGCCUUCCCCGACCCCCAGCUGCGCCUGGAGUGGGAGGGCCUCCCCGUCCCGGCAAACACCAGAAUCCUCAUCAAUCACAGCCACACGAACCGGGGGCUGGCCGUCCACCGCCAUCUCUUCUUAAGGACCUACUUCGGGAAGGAGGCCGAGGUGGCCGCGCACACCCACCUGGACACCCACCGCGUGGAGCUGCCGCGGAACCACUGGAUGCUGGUGACCGGGAGCCCCAGGAAGGAGGCGUCCACCAUGCUGGACGUGCCCAAGCCGCCGGUGGAGCGCGCGCCCGCCCUGAAGCCGGAGCCGGAGCCGGAGCCGGAACGGGCGGCCACCCCGGGGGCGCAGUGACAGCAGGCGCACUCCCGGGGGGCGGGGGGGGGGGUGCCCCGCGGUCCCAGGCUCCCAGCCCUCUGAGCGGGCGUUGGAAUAAGGCGGUAGCGGAUGACUGGGUUAGUGGCGGGGGGUCUAGAACACGGACUCAUUAGUCCUGGGAACGGCUCAGCAACGAGAGGGACACGUGGGCUCCUUCGCUGAUGACAAAGCGCGGCAGAACGGGGCCCCUCCGUGUCUCCCGCUGUGUGCCCCUGGGAGGCGUGUCCGCAAUAAAGCGCGUGGCCUGUUCUGA